AUGCCGGAGCCCGCCUCCCUCACCAUCCACCUCCUCUGCAUGCACGACAAGGACCGCGCCGCUUACCUUGCCGCGUGCGCCCGCCUCGGCGGCCCCCCGCCCUUUGCCGCCUCGCUGACGCUGCACAGCGGCGCCCUCUCGCAGCUCCCGGCCUCGGUGCGGCUCGACGCCAUCGUCUCGCCCGCCAACUCGUACGGCCGGCUCGACGGGGCCUUUGACGACGCCAUAUCGCGCGCGCUCGCGCCCGCCGACGACUACCACGCGCUCACGCGCGCCGCCCAGGCCGUCCUCUACGCCGAGCACCGCGGGUGGGCCAACCCGGGCUCCUGCACGCGCGUGCCCGUCCCGCCGUUUCCCCCCCCGUCCCGCCCCACCCGCAACGUCUGGGGCGUCCGGCACCUGCUCCUGUGCCCGACCAUGCGCGUGCCGGAGAGUGUCGCCUGGGACAAGGAGAUUGUGUACCGGAACCCAGAGGAGUUCGGUGCCCUCGAGGUGGACAGGAUCUUGACCCUGGACGGCGAGAUCCAGGCAACCUACGAGGCCAAUCUGCCAAAGAAUGACGAGCCUCAGCAAAAGACAGCCGAAACAGCCCUACAUCAAUGA